AGGGUGACUCAUUAGAAAGUGUGGCUCAGUUUGUUUGAACGGGACAUGAAGCUACUCCACAUUUGUCAUGUGUAUACAUAUUCUUUGGCCGGCAAUUUGCCUGGGCGACGGCUCAGGUGAUUUCCGCAUGAGUGACUUUGGGAGGAGAGUGGUCAAAGUUCCAGGUCCAAAGUCAACAAACCGCCACAGUCUUAAGAUGAAGGACCCUAUCAGCACCUGCUCCUACAACCAACUCUAUCAGAACGUGAAACGCUAUUCAAAAAAUGGGGAGUACUUCUGCAAAGAACUCAUGACAGUCUUUCAGCAAAGGGCUGAGAUGGAACUCACAUAUGCUAAAGGCCUACAAAAACUUGCUGGGAAACUCAUCAAAGUCUCCAGAGGAAUGCCUAACAAUUCCACCUACAGCGCCUGGUGUCAUGUGUCAGAUGAGAUGUACUCGAGAGCAGACGCCCACAGGUCACUAGGAAACGCCUUUCAGCAAGAAGCGAUCGUGGAAUUACGACAAGUCUUAGACGAGCAUAAUAAAAGGAAGAGGCCGCUCGACAGUGUCAUUGAAAGGACUGGAAAACUUGUUACUGCUAACUGGAGUGAGCAACUCAAGAUCAAAAAGAAAUUAGUCGGACUGACAAAAGAGCACGAGGCUCUGUUCAACUUCGUUGAGGACAACAAACAAAUCUCCACUGAGAAAGAGAAACAAAAGAUGCUCAACAGGCUGACCAAGUCAGCGGAUGUGCAGACGCGGGUGGAUGAGGAGUACUUUAAUAUCAACUUGGAGGGUCAUCAGAUAAGACUCAAGUGGGAAAACACACUGAAGAGCUGCUACCAGAUCAUACAGGAGUUGGAGAAGCAGCGAAUCGAAGUUUUGUACAACAUUAUGUUCAGAUACAACCUCCAUAUGUCCGGCUUUGGGCAGACCCUCCAACACGGCCAGAGGCAGAUAGACCAGGCAAUUCAAAGGGUGGACAUGGACAAAGACAUAAAAACCAUGAUAGAGGAAAACAACAUCACGACUCUGGACAGCAAAACAGAAUUUCUGAUGGUUGAUUAUUUCGAGGAGGACAGCAAAUCACUGAUGGGCAAAGACAGGAGGAGAGACGCCAUCAAGCUCAAACUCGAGCGUCUGGAGGACAGUAUUAACAAAACAAAGAAAGACUGCGAAGCAAUCGAAAAACUGAUGAAAACGUACGCAGAAAAUCCGUCAUUUUCAAACCAGAAGAACCUCGAGGAGACCGAACAGCAGCUCGACGAGGUAAAACGGCGCGCGCGCGCUGAUGGAUGUUCGUCAUUCACGCGGAGGGUUUCUCCAGUGUUCACUAAUGCGGUUUGUCGCCUCCAGAGUACACUCAAACUGGAUCUUCUCGAGGCCACUCACCACAAGCUCUCUGUAUCGCUGUCAGAACUGGAAGGGAGGCCGAAGUCAUUUCACAGGUUCGGUGACAGCAUUGUGAAAUGGAAAGAUAAGGAUUGUGAACAUAGUGUAGUACAGCUGACCCGUCCAGUGAAACUCAGGAAAACAUCGACCAGAUCCCGGAAGUCACUGAGAUCUUCCAUCAUUUACAAAGGACCACCUCAGUUCAUGACACAAGAGUCAGCGGAGCCGUCACCGAACGUCGAGGCCUCGGACCAGCUCACUUCCACGCGUGCACAAGUGGAAACCGACGCUGUAGAAAGUGGCGGCACGGCUAACGGAGGCCUGCCUCACACGGACAACAACAAAGGACAAGCAGAUCAAACGAGACCAGAGUUGAACAGCAUCGGGAAAUGCAAAGCACUGUACAACUUCACACCUACACGGGACGAUGAGCUGGCUUUGAAAGAAGGAGAUCUUCUAGACAUUUACUCCAAGGAAGAAAAUGGUUGGUGGUUUGGCGUUCUUAGCGGGAAGACGGGCCACUUCCCGUCAACCUACGUUGAGGAGUUACCCAUGUUGACCAGUGUUGAAACAUCUGACGCCUGACUGAGCAGAGUAACGAACAGCAAAAGAUACACAAGAGAUACUGCAUUUCUACAC